GGUGUAGGGAGAAGGAGGCAACUACGACUGGGCGAGCCAGACUGCGGCGAGGAUCCGCCCGAUUGGCCGGAAAAGAGUCCCUGUCAUCCGCCAAAGGGCCCCUGUAAGCCCAUGGGUCCACCGGGCUAUCCCGCGAAACCGAAGCCGGAGAGGAAGCCAUUUUGCGCCAAGCACGAUCCAAACGCUUCGUUCCUGGGACCACUCUUCAAGCUUUCCGCCGCGACGCUUCGUAGUUUUCCAGCUAGAUGCCAAUACUCUUUGGGAUCCUCCAUUCUCGCUGGCUGCAAUCGGGCGCCUCUGUCGAGGAUACCCGACGCGAGGCUCGACUCUGCGAGGAACUUUAGCGCCCUGUCCUCCGCCUACCAGGCUUGGCCUACCAGGAGGCCACGAAGCAUCUUCCACGCGUGUAAAGAGCUAACGAGAUACCUGCGGCAAGAUUCCACUCUGAUGGCUAAAACGGGCGGGAAGAAGACGUCCCGUUCCAAAGUAUCGCCCGAGAACUACUCCUCCUCCGAGUUGGCUGACGAAUCUGGCAAGCUUCGGAGAAGCGUACCGUGCAGAGAAGCGUCCCGACGCAGGAAGCCCUGUCCGCCACCGGAGAAGUGCACACCACCCAAGUGCACGCCACCGUGUUGUCGUCCUCGUCCCCUCAACACCAAGUGUCGCGACAUGCCUCGAGCUCCGUGCCCGCCCCCCUGCCCCAUCCCCUGCCCCGUAGAGAAGAAGCCUCCGCCGCCGAAAAUAUGCUAUCGAAAGUGUCCUUUGCCUCCGAAGCCACCCAAGCCUCCAAAGUGUCCCAAGAUUCCGGCUCCACCGCUGCCUCCGAUCCCACCCAAACCACCCAAGCUACCCAGAUGUCCGCUACCCUGCGCACCACCUCCGCCACCGCCUCUGCCCAAGUGUCCGAGCGUGCCCAAGUGUCCCGCGUGUCCACCGCAGAGGGAAUGUCCGCCACCACCGCCCUGCGAACCUUGUCCUUGUCCACCACCCUGCCCUCCACCCUUCUGUCCACCUCCGCCGCCCUGUCCACCAUGUCCACCACCGAUUCCAUGCCCCAGACCUCUCCCUUGCCCACCUCCGCCUCCACCCAGGCUCUGUCCGCCUUGUCCGCCAUGUCCAGAGUAUCCCAAGCCGCCACCCUGCCCACUCCCGCCACCUUGCUGCCCUUGCCCUUGUCCCGAACCACCGCCACCUUGUCCCUGUCCCAAACCCUGUCCACCGUGUCCGAAAGCGCGAGCCUCCUGUCCCAAAGACGUUCCCUCGUGUCCUCCUUGUUCGAAAGAUCCCGGAAGAUCGGCCAAGAGGAGGAAGAUGUCGACGUAUCACGCACCGUCGAGGUUCCACCCGUUGAAGAUCGGUAACAGAGGACUACACGUUUGCUCCACGCUGAUGGGCAAGUCCUCCAAGUCCUCCAAACCCUCCAAGACCGCGAAGUCUUCCAAACCGGCCAAGCCUCCGACUUGCAAAGCCAUGGGUGACAUCUGCAAGGACCAGAGCGACUCCUGCGUGAAGGUUUGCGACAAGCAGCCCAAGCGCGACAAGAAGAAGGACCCGUGUCGGGGCAGAACGAUGAAGAAGAUAGACAGGAAGAAAAAGGGGAAGAAGGAGGACUGCAUCGAAACGUGCAUUCCAAAGAAUAAGUGCGACAUGCCCGAUGUGCCCAAACCACCGAAAAUGGAAUACGGACCGGCCACGUGCCCUCCUCCCAAGUUCGUCUCGCCGACACCCUGUCCGGAGCAGCAAGAAACAACGAUGCCGUGCGUGGAAAUACGACCGAUCAGUAAAUCGAAGAAGGAAGUCUGUCCUCCGCCACCCCUGCCCAAGCCGCCGACAGAAGCCGUGGUCCUCUGCCCCUGUCCACCCCCGCCCAAGUUGCACCCUGGACCCUGUCCCUGUUACGACACGAGGGCCGAGAGGUUGGACCAGGCCCUGAUGCCCCCGUGUCAGCUGAAGGAGAAGUACGUCUGUCCCAGAGAGGCGCACUACUGUCCACAGGAGAGUUUGGUCUGCAAGAGGAGGAAGCCGUGCGAUCCUGACAGGAAGAAGAAGAGGAAGAAGUAA